GCCGAAGGCGCACGGAGGAACACUGUUCCCUUCCCACCAAAGGCGGUUCCUAUUUUUCUACUUGCAUUUUUUUUACGCGCUUGUUUUUAAUUGUGGGUUUCUGUGACUGAUGAUGACCCUUGGCACAUAUUUUUUUUUUGCUUUUCUCUCCCGUUCUCAGCUCGCCUCGAUGAGGCAACAGCGAGUGGACUUUUAUCUUGGGGCCAUCAGGGACAUGCUGGUGGCUGUGGGCGGCAGGAAUGAACACGGAGCACUGUCCUCGGUUGAGACCUACAGCCCCGAGAAGGACAGCUGGUCUUACGUCGCCGGCUUGCCCAGGUUCACGUACGGUCACGCAGGCGCCGUCCACGAGGAACUCGUCUACAUUUCGGGAGGCCACGAUUACCAGAUCGGCCCCUAUCGCAAAAACCUGCUGUGCUAUGAUUACCGGACGGAUGCCUGGGAGGAGAGGAGGCCCAUGAUCACUGCCCGUGGCUGGCACAGCAUGUCUACUUUACAUGACGACAUUUAUUCGAUCGGGGGCAGCGACGACCACCUGGAGACCAUGACACGCUUCGACAUCCUGGAGGUGGAAUCCUACAGCCCCAAAUGCAAUCAGUGGACGAGAGUGGCGCCUCUGCUCCAGGCUAACAGCGAGUCUGGCGUAGCCACCUGGGACGGCAAGAUCUACAUCCUGGGCGGCUACAGUUGGGAGAACACGGUCUUCUCCAGGGCCCUUCAGGUCUACGACAAAAUGACUAAGCAGUGGCAGAAAGGGAGCGACCUUCCCAAGGCCAUCGCCGGCGUGUCGGCUUGCGUCUGCGUCUUGAGGCCCAGGUCGCACGACAAAAAGAAAAAGGCCAAGCCACAAUGCCACGAACAUCGAGGGAGAUGAGGGGUAGCGCUUGGGUCGAAGCCUGUCCUUGUCCCGAUACAGGCAGACCGCAAAUUUACAACCACGAUUGGAACCAGAAUUCCCAUCACUAAACGAGGCGGUUGUGAAGCAGUAUUGCACCUGAUUUAACAUCUUUUCUUCCCCUGGUGGUGGAGCAAAAUGCCACGGUUGUUAAGUGAAUUGUGUAGUUGCUAAGUGAAUCCAGCUUUUGCUAUUGAUCUUUGUCAGAAGCUGGUUGAGAAGGUUGCAAUAUGGUGAUAAUGUGAUUCUCGGAUGCUUCAACCUUCCUUGCCAAGUGCCUGAAUUUUGAUCGCGAGAAUGCCACAAGAAUCGUGUGAGAAGUGGUCGGAAGUCACUUUUUUUCAGCACCCAUCUGAACAUUGAAAUGGUUGCUAAAUGCACUGCCGUAAGUCGAGGACAACCUGUACAGAGAACUGAUUUUGGAAACUUCAGAAUUAUACCUUCUUGACUUGGGCUAGAGAACUUCCUCCGUUGUCCAUCCUUGUUUCUCGGAAUGGCGAGCAAACGUUACUCGUUUCGGGAGCAACCUAAGCGUUAGGGCACGAAGUCUGUGAGAAGAAAUCAGCAGAGCAUC